GAAAAAGCAGACCCGUUAUGCACAUGCCAUAAUACAAACAGAGUACGUACUAUAUAAACCCUUCAAAUAAGACUAGUAAAACCAAACCAAAGAACAACUCAUCUAUAAAUAUUUUUAUAUAUAUAUGGCUCCCCCAACAGCAACGGAGGCCACGGCUAAAACCCUGACGGCACUAGCAGAAGAGAAAACACUCCAAGCGAAGUUCGUCCGGGACGAAGACGAGCGCCCGAAGGUGGCGUACAACCAAUUCAGUAAUGAGAUUCCGGUAAUUUCCCUGGCUCGAAUCGAUGAUAACGAAGGCAAUAGAAGAAGCGAGAUUCGGAAGAAAAUCGUGGAGGCGUGCGAAGAUUGGGGACUGUUUCAGGUGGUCGAUCACGGCGUCGACGCUACACUCAUCUCCCAGAUGACUCGCCUCGCCACCGAAUUUUUCGCUCUGCCUGCUCAGGAAAAACUCCGUUUCGAUAUGUCCGGCGGCAAAAAAGGCGGUUUCAUCGUCUCUAGCCAUUUACAAGGAGAGGCAGUGCAAGACUGGCGUGAGAUUGUGACCUAUUUUUCUCAGCCAAAACGGCUGAGGGACUACACACGGUGGCCGGACAAGCCAGAGGGUUGGAUUUCUGUAACAGAGAAAUACAGUGACUCAUUGAUGGAACUGGCUUGCAAGUUGUUGGAGGUGUUGUCGGAAGCCAUGGGGUUAGAGAAGGAAGCUUUGACCAAAGCUUGUGUGGAGAUGGACCAGAAAGUGGUGGUCAAUUACUACCCCAAAUGUCCUCAGCCGGACCUCACCCUCGGCCUCAAGCGCCACACAGACCCCGGCACCAUCACCCUUCUUCUCCAGGACCAGGUUGGUGGCCUACAGGCCACCCGCGACGGCGGCAACACCUGGAUCACCGUUGAACCUGUUGAAGGAGCUUUCGUUGUCAACCUUGGUGAUCACGGUCAUUAUUUGAGCAAUGGAAGGUUCAAGAAUGCGGAUCACCAGGCGGUGGUGAACUCAAACACGAGUAGAUUAUCGAUAGCAACAUUCCAAAAUCCAGCACCAGAGGCGGUGGUGUAUCCAUUAAAGAUCAGAGAAGGAGAGAAGGCUGUGAUGGAAGAGCCCAUCACCUUCAUGGAGAUGUACAAGAGAAAGAUGAGCAAGGACAUUGAGCUUGCUAAACUCAAAAAGUUGGCUAAGGAAGCAGACGAUGACGAGAAGAAGAAGAAGAUGAAACAAUCCUUGUUCGACAAUAAUAUUAAGGAAUCGUUUGAAUCCAAGCCCAUCGACAAACUUUUUGCUUAGACAAAUAUAAAUAUAUAAUAUAUAUGUUUAUAUAUAUAUCAUCCUUUUUUUUGUCUUAUUAAUAAACUAAAUAAUAAUCACCACAGUCUCGGCCUUUACUAGGAAUAUCAUAUCAUCUUAUAAGCUGUGAGUUUAUCAAUGUACGGGACCAAAGUAUUGAUCAAGAUCAAUGUGUGCUCUUAUAUUAUAAUUUUCAUGUAAUCUUGAUCUACAUUUACUUUGAUUAAUGGACGGUUAUAAAUAUAAUUAAGCUGUUGAGAUGCCAA